GGUCUGGGAAAAAUCUUCUCGCCUUUGGGGGGGCCGGGGCGGGGGACGAGCCACUGUUGAUGAGAAACUGUGGAGAUGCAGUAGACUGCUCUAGACCGGCUCAGAAACUCUCUGAGCGGCGUGGAGAGAACUGUGCAAACACUUCCUCACUGUACACAGAGGAAUGCGAGACAAGGCUGCCCGUGGUACAUCUUGGACCGCCGGAGGGAUGUGCCCACACUUGUGAACGUGCAGCGAGGGAGAUGAGGCCGGAAUCGAGCAGGACAGCACCCAGGAGGAGGAAGGGGAGGCCUCUGCCUGGAGCUCACAUGCUGCCCACGGGCACCCCUGCUGCCCGGGGGGCCUGGCCUCUCCUCCGCCACAGCAAGCAUUCCCUCUGGACCCCCGCGAGGCCCUUCCAUGCCCUGCUGCUGCUGGUUUCCGUCAAGCAAGUAACAGGAUCUCUUCUUGAGGAGACAACUCAGAAGUGGGCUCAGUACAAGGAGAAGUGCCUGAAAGAUUUACUCAAGGAAGCUUCUGGCAUAUUUUGUAAUGGGACCUUUGAUCAGUACGUGUGCUGGCCUCAUUCCUCCCCAGGAAACGUCUCUGUUCCUUGCCCUUCAUACUUACCAUGGUGGCGUGAAGAGAACUCAGGAAAGGCCUACAGACACUGCUUGGCCCAGGGUGCUUGGCAGACACUGGAGAACUCCACAGAUAUUUGGCAGGAUGACUCCGAAUGCUCCGAGAACCACAGCUUCAAACAAAACGUGGAACACCAUGCCUUGCUGUCAACCUUGCAGCUAUUGUACACCGUGGGGUACUCCCUCUCCAUCGUCUCCCUCCUCCUGGCUCUCACCCUCCUCUUGUUUCUUCGAAAACUCCACUGCACACGCAACUACAUCCACAUGAACUUGUUUGCGUCUUUCAUCCUGAGAGCCCUGGCUGUGCUGGUAAAGGAUGUCAUCUUCUACAACUCUUACUCCAAGAGGCCUAACAAUGAGAAAGAGUGGAUGUCCUAUGUGUCAGAGAUAUCCACCUCCUGCCGCUCAGCCCAGGUUCUGCUGCACUACUUCGUGGGUGCCAAUUACUCGUGGCUGCUAGUUGAAGGCUUAUACCUUCACACACUGCUGGAGCCCACAGUGCUUUCUGAGAGGCGGCUGUGGCCCAGAUACCUGCUGGUGGGUUGGGUCUUCCCGCUGCUGUUUGUUAUACCUUGGAGCAUUGCCCGCACACAGCUGGAAAACACAGGGUGCUGGGUAACCAACAGGAAUAAGAAGGUCUGGUGGAUCAUCCGAGGACCCAUGUUGCUUUAUGUGUUGGUAAAUUUCUUCAUCUUCCUAAAAAUUCUCAAGCUUCUCAUUUCUAAGCUCAAAGCCCAUCAAAUGUGCUUCAGAGAUUAUAAAUACAGAUUGGCAAAAUCAACACUGGUCCUCAUUCCUUUAUUGGGUGUUCAUGAGAUUCUCUUCUCUUUCAUCACUGAUGAUCAAGUUGAAGGAUUUUCAAGAAUUAUACGACUCUUCAUUCAGCUAACGCUGAGCUCCUUCCAUGGAUUCCUUGUGGCCCUGCAGUAUUGCUUCGCCAAUGGAGAGGUGAAGGCUGAGCUGCAGAAGCACUGGGUCCGCUUCUUGCUAGCCCACCACUCAGGAUGCACAGCCUGGGUCCUGGAGAAGAACUUCCAGUUCCUGGGGAAAUGUCCCAAGAAGCUCUCCAAGGGAGACAGGGCCAGGGCACUGCGGAGGCUGCGGCCCCCACCUGGCAGUGGGCAGCUCCUGCACCUAACGGGACAGGGCCUGGAGGAGCUGGGCGCCCGGCUGCACGGGUGUCAUGCAGACUGGCCCCGGGGCAGCAGUCUGUCUGAGAGCAGCGAGGGAGACUUCACCCUGGCCCACACCAUGGAGGAGAUCCUCGAGGAGAGUGAGAUCUAGGCCCAGGCCACUGCUCUGGUUCUGCUCCUUGGGGACCCCUGAGAGGGGGAAGAGGAGAGGAGGCCAAGCUGGUUGGAGGUUGGGGCUGCAGAGUCAUUUCUCUCCUCGUGCACCAUGCCCACUCUCACAUGAAGUCUAUUUCGAGGUUUUUCAUGCUCCAGACCCUGAGUGGAGGGUGUUUCUGGAGGCUGAGGAAGGCCCAGGCCAUUGGGGUCAGACUUAGUGAAACUAUAAGGCAAGAGGCUGAAGGACAGUCAAAGGAAGGACAUUGUGUGGAAACAGGGUAUUAAUGCCCAGGAAUGUCACCUGUCUAGUGUGUAAAAUGCAUGUGUAAUGUAGGUGGGAUAUGUUGCCACAGGACUAAAUACCACCCUAUCAUUAAGGGCAGGGGGAUGAUAUGAUACUGAUCAAGUAGGGUUGCCAGAUUUAGCACCUGAAAAUAUAUAAUGCUCAAAUGAAUUUGAAUUUCAGAUAAUCUUAUUGUGUAUGUAUAUGGGAUAUACGUUAUCUGAAAUUCCACUCUAAUUGCACAGAUUGUAUGUUACCUGGCAUCUCCAUUGUCAAGGAUACUUUGCAACAGGGGAGGGACUACGAUGAGGCAAGUGAGGCCAGCUUCAUGCAAAUGCAGCUUCUGAUCCUGUAUUUAAAGUUUUGAUAUUUUGCUCAUUAUGACUUUUUAACGUUAAUUUUAUUUUUCAAUGAUUGCACCAAAGUGUUCUUUAUCUUGAUGACUGAAUUUUUUGCCACCACCAGCCCCUCUUAAAUUUUGCACGUGAGGCAAGGGCCCAUCUUGCCCUCACUCCAGUCCCAGCUCUGCUUUACAACAGGGAGACUGAAGCAAAGGCAUUUGGCGAGUGUGUAACACAGCAAAGGUUUCUUUUUUAUUGUCCAGAUUAUACGGAGUUCAAUCAUUAAAAUACGUCCUUCCAAGUUUUCCUUUCUGCAAAUGCCCCUGUCUUUCUCUCAUCAGCCUAUUAGCUCCUAGGAAGCUGGGGACAUGGCGUUUUCCCAGUUCUUCUGAGCACAGCUGGUUCUGAGCAGGUGUUUGGUACACAUUCAUCAAAUGAGAUGACACAGAAAUGUCUUGGGAGCAUCAGAUGCUGUCAGGGUCAGUAAUCCAGGACCUGGCCAUGAAUAGAAGGAACUUUGUUUUUGCAAAGCAUUUGUAAAUAUGUGACCCCAACCCUCACUCCACAGAUAAGGUGGCACACACUUACUCCUUGCUUUUGUCCUGCUAAUGAUUAAAGUAACACAUUUAUUUAAUGUGAUUUGUAUUUUGUUAAUUAUUUUACAUUUGUUUCUCCUUGGAGCUGAAGGUGUCUCACACCCCCUGAGAAUCUGGUGCACUGUUCCUGGCCAAAAGUGGAAAAAAGGGCUGUGCUGUAAGCCCUGGGACCUGGGUGGUUCAUUGUUUCAGGGACCAAGAAAAGGGGGCAAAAGGGACAGAAGCAGAGGUCAAAGGUCAAAAGAGUGGAUGGCAAGUGUUUUUGUCUUCUAGACCACCUCCUAGAUCAUUUGCUUUGCUUGUUGGCUUGAAGGUCCAGCCUACCGGGUCUAAAUCCUGGCAUUGCAAUCCCCUAGGAAACGAUCUAGAACCCUGAUGGCUGGGUCUGACCUAAAGAUUCUAAUUGGGUUGGUCCCAGU